AUGACUAUCGCACCCGAUACGUCGACCGGAUACGUGUCUAACCUCACGCCCAGUCAAGAGGCAAAACUGCGAGAGCUGUGGAUUCUCCUUUUUACCUCCGCAGCUUCUGUCCUUUCGGCAGUCUACGAAGUCCCCCUCCCAGAGGGAUCCCCUAAUAAGCUUUUCGAGAUCCUGGACAGAGUCAACGAGCCUACGGUUGAAGCUAUUCUCAAUGCCCUAAAAGAAGAAGCUAGUAACGGAAAGCCAACAGAGAUUACUGAUUCAGCUAAUAUAAGCAAUGGGGACGGGAACGGGGAGCAUAACAGGGACAAUAAAGAACAGAUAUCACUCGACAAAGUGGAUGCCCUCAUGAAGAAGGACGCGCAGAAGAAUAUAAUGUCGGAAAUCGCAACGAAAAAGGUUACACCCCAACACUUCACCGCACUCUUCGCCCAGCUUCGAAAGAUGGGUGUCCAGGAGUCAGAGAUCAAAUCCAUGGAGAAGAUUCUGUCUCAGAUGACACCCGAGGAAAUGUGUUUUUCCAUCCUGAAGAUGAUCAAACAAGAGCAUCCCGAUAGCCUGUUGCUCCGGUUCCUGCGCGCCAGAAAGUGGGACGUUGGCAAGGGAUUCACGAUGAUGGUGACCAAUAUCCUAUGGAGAAAAGAAGUGCAAGUUGACGAUGAUAUUCUUCCCAAGGGAGAACUGUAUGCCCUAAAGCAAUCUCGCGACGAGAAACUUACGGCGAAGCAGAAGAAAGAAGGGCGUGAUUUUAUUGAGCAGCUGAAGACUGGGAAGAGCUUUUUACAUGGGUUUGAUAGACAGGGACGACCGGUGAAUUAUGUGCGAGUGAAGAUUCAUAAACCGGGGGCCCAGAGUGAGGAAGCGUUGGAGAGGUAUAUUGUGCAUAUUAUUGAGACGACGAGGCUGAUCGUUGUUCCUCCGAUUGAAACUGGCACGAUUGUGUUUGACAUGACUGGAUUCUCAUUGUCCAAUAUGGAAUACCAACCAGUUAAAUUCAUCAUCAAAUGCUUCGAAGCCAACUACCCCGAAUCUCUAGGCCUACUUCUCAUCCACAACGCACCGUGGAUUUUCUCUGGUAUCUGGAGACUUAUCCACGGCUGGAUGGACCCCGUCGUCGCCUCCAAAGUACACUUCACCCGCUCCGUCAACGACCUCGACAAAUUCAUCUCCCGCGACCAGAUCCCCCGCGAACUUGCCGGUGACGAAGAGUGGGAAUACAAAUACAUCCAGCCAGAAGACAAUGAGAAUGAGAUCAUGCAGGAUACAGCCACGCGCGACUCCCUCAUGUACGAGCGUAUGAUGAUCGGUCUGCGAAUGUUGGCUGCCACUGCGGCCUGGAUCUCGGCGACUGAUUAUUCGGGGGGUCCAGAGGAUAAAAGCAAGGUGGAAGAGUUGAAGAUACGGCGGAACGGUAUCAUUGAGGAAUUCAAGCAGAAUUAUUGGAAGUUAGACCCGUAUAUUCGAGCGAGGGCGUUGAUUGAUCGGGCUGGGGUUUUGAAAGCAGAUGGAACGAUUGUGGUGCAUACUGGGGCUGAUGGUGAUACUAACUCUGGGUGA